GUGGGCUGGUCUGGACGCUGCCGCCGUCUCUACGAGCGGUGAGCAUGCCAUCUGCCGAGACAAGAAAAAGGGAGUUUACGGGAGACUGAGACGCCGCACUUUGCUUUUGCAUCCUCGUCUUUGCCACUAGUCUGGCCGCUGGCGCCUCUCGUCAAGACAUGCCGCGCAUCCUUGUUCGUUGCAAGUGCGUCGAGUGUCUUGGGACCAUUGUGCCGUGUCUUAACUAACUGUCGUCUCUCGCAGUCGAGGCAGACGCUUCUAGUUAAAAUGGUUUCCGUUCCGCCACUGCUGGUUAUACACACCGCCGCCAACUAUUAGCAGUCCUACCCUUGAUCCCGCCAUCACCGAUCCUGCCCAGCCCAUCGCGUCAUUCCCUGUCAUGAUGCCCCUGCCAAAGCCUCUCUCUCGAUGUCUCUCCUUUAUCGGCGCCGAUGUCAUCUGGCAGUCCAGCCGCAACGUGAAGCUGCUCAUCCUGCUGCGCAUGGUCAGGCUGCUCGGCUAUGGAGGCACCACGUUUGUCCUGGCGCUGUAUCUCAACGCGCUGGGCUUCGGGGAUCCUGACGUCGGCGCCUUCAUGACCAUGACGCUGGUGGGUGACCUGGCCAUCAGCUUUGCCCUCACCUAUGUGGGCGACCGCAUGGGUGUCCGGUUUACUGCCAUCAUCAGUGCUCUCUUGAUGUGUGUCAGUGGUGUUGCGUUUGCGGCCCUGGACAACUUUUGGCUUCUGCUCCUUGCCAGUAUAGCCGGUGUCAUCAACCCUAGUGCCAACGAAAUCGACCCUUUCAAGGCCAUCGAAGAGGCCGCCGUCGCCCGCCUAAGCACCCCCGAAACCCGUAACGAGGUCUUCGCUUGGUGGUCGAUGCUAGGCAUGCUGGGCACCGCGGUAAGCAAUCUGCUUACCGGCUGGGUGCUUGAUGUCCUUCAAAACUCGGGGUUCAAGAAAGUGGACUCUUACCGCUUCAUCUUUCUCGGAUAUGCAGCCACAGGCCUCCUUAAGCUCUUCUGCAGCCUGCUCUUCAGCUCAGACGUCGAGCUGAAGGUCUCCACCAAGGAGACACCCCAAGAGGACGAUGGCAACAAUGAAGAACAGGCCGAACACGAACCACUCCUUCGGGACAGUUCGUCGGUGUCAUCAUACGGAGCUGUGAAACCCGAUGCACAAGACGAGGCCGCGGCUGCAUCGCAACGGAAGCGCUUGUUCUCGCCCGCUUCCUUUACCUUCAUGUGGCAGCUGUCGCUCGCCAUGGUGUUUGACUUUGUCGGUUCCGGCCUGGCACAAAUAUCGUGGAUGACCUACUUCUUCAAGAGGGAGUACGACAUUCCCGAGGGAGCCUUGGGAUCUGCCACCUUUACUGCGGGAAUUAUCUCGUCGGUUCUGAACCUCGCCUCGUCGCCACUGUCGCACGCCAUCGGCCAAGUCCAGACAAUGGUCCUCUGCCACACCAUCAACUCCAUCUCUCUUCUGAUGGUCUCGGUUCCGGCGAACAAGUUCGUCGCCCUCUCCAUUUUUAUUUUCCGCAUCGUCACCAGGGAGAUCGACAAUGCGCCCCGGCAGGCGUUUAUCUCUGCUGGUGUCCUGGAUGAGGAGCGCACGUCGGCCAUGGGCGUCAUUAAUAUUGUCAAGACAGUAGGUAGUUGCAUUGGUCUGUACUCUACUGGCUUGUUCGCGGGCAUGGACAAAUUCUGGCUUGCGUUUAUAGUCGCUGGUGGCUUGAAGCUGAUGUACAAUGCCUUAAUCCUGGGUUUCUUUUGGAGGAGGAACUGAGACCAUGUUGGUCCUCGAGAACGGGCAACAGGAAGUUGGACUUGUACGAAGGUUUGGGCAGCACAAAGGGUAGCUGCAUUUAAUGUUAUGGGUUGGUUGUUUGCUUAAAAGCAUU